AAAGUUCCUGUCGGUACAACCUUCGAUGAGUCUAGUAGUGAUGUUAGUCAAAGUUUCGGACAAGCCACAGAAAUUUCUGAUGCUUCAAACGCAACAGAUGUCAUGGGAAAGGAAAGUUAG